UUUCUUUACCGAUCCAAGCAAAGUAACAAUCUUCAUAUGCAACCUUUGAAAACAAAAACGAAAUCAUGUUUCCUUAAUUGAGGUUGUACUUGUUCCUCUUCCUGCUUGUUUCAAAAUCAAUCUUCAUGAAUUUGAAGAAUCACUUUCCAAAACCCUAAACAACAUUACAAUUUCAUGAACAACAACAUGGCUGAUUCUAACCCCAUUCACGAUGACCCAUCAACGAUUCCAUCGCUCCCAACCGAUCAACCUAAUGAUGCAGGAAAUGAUGUGAAAUUGUGUUCUAAGGAUCAGAGAGAUGCUCUACCAGGUGAGCCCAAGUGUACUGUUUGUGGCCGGUAUGGCGAGUAUAUAUGCGAUGAAACUGACGACGAUGUUUGUAGUUUGGAAUGUAAACAGUUAGUACUAUGUCGAAUUUCUAAAUCGUCGUCGUGUGUUGGAGAUCUUCCACCGCCUAAAAAGCUACCUGCAGCCGAUGAGUGUUUUUAUGUUAGAGAUACCGAUUACGAAUCUGGUAUGCUGUUAUCGAGAGGUGAUCAGGUUCAGGCUGAAUUGCUUAGGAAAAAACUCGACAUUCACGUGAAGGGUGUUGUAUCGGCACCGGUUUUGUCGUUUGCUUCCUGUAACCUUCCUGAUAAACUCCUGCAUAACAUCGAAGGAGCUGGAUAUGAGAUGCCUACGCCUGUCCAAAUGCAAGCAAUCCCGGCUGCUUCGAUGGGGAAGAACAUGCUUGUUUUGGCCGAUACCGGAUCGGGAAAGUCUGCUUCGUUUCUUAUUCCGAUAAUUUCUUGUUGCGUGAGUCAUCGUUUGACUUAUGUUUCGGAUAAGAAAAAGCCUUUAGCUAUGGUGUUAACGCCUACAAGAGAGCUCAGUAUACAGGUUGAAGAGCAUGCGAAAUUGCUCGGAAAAGGAUUGCCGUUUAAAACCGCACUUGUGGUUGGUGGCGAUGCAAUGGCUAGACAAAUCUACCGCAUUCAACAAGGUGUCGAAUUGAUUGUCGGAACGCCAGGAAGGCUCGUUGAUCUUUUAACAAAGCACGAGAUUGACUUAGACGACGUAACAACUUUUGUUGUCGAUGAGGUGGAUUGCAUGCUUCAAAGUGGUUUUCGAGAUCAGGUUUUACAGAUAUUCACGGCUUUGUCACAACCUCAGGUCUUAAUGUAUUCGGCAACAAUGUCUGAUUCUUUAGAGAAAAUGGCGAACUCUCUCGCAAAAGAUACCGUGAUUAUAACCGUCGGCGAACCUAACAGACCAAAUAAGGCCGUGAAGCAGCUAGCUAUUUGGGUCGAGUCGAAACAAAAGAAGCAGAAACUGUUUGACAUUUUAACAAGCCAGAAACAUUUUAAGCCACCUGUCGUAAUAUACGUCGCCUCGAGACUCGGGGCAGAUCUACUUGCAAAUGCAAUUACAGUUUCAACAGGAACGAAAGCCGUUUCAAUUCACGGCGAGAAGUCAAUGACUGAAAGGCGGGAAAUAAUGCAGUCGUUUAUGGUCGGCGAGUUCCCGGUGGUUGUGGCUACCGGAGUUUUGGGUAGGGGGGUCGAUCUAUUGGGUGUAAGACAAGUAAUUGUAUUCGACAUGCCGAAUUCCAUUAAGGAGUAUGUGCAUCAAAUAGGAAGGGCUUCUAGAAUGGGAGAGGAAGGUCAAGCCAUAGUUUUUGUAAAUGAUGAGAAUAAGAAUGUUUUAGCAGAGUUAGUCGAUGUAUUAAAGUCGGGCGCGGCGGCUAUACCUAGGGAGCUUAUCAAUUCACAAUACGCCACAGGAUUUUUCUCAGGGGGCAAGGGUUCAAAGAAGAGAAAGCAUAGAUGAUGAAGAAAAGUGCUAAGUUCUACUGUCUCUGAUGUAUCAGAAAAUUGUUGCUGUAGAAGGGGAAUAAGGAAGAUGUGGCGAGUUGGAACUUGGAUCCCCUGCAAUUGAAUUUGAGUUUGAUUAACUUGACAGUUGUAGAGAAAAUUUUAGUGCAAUGAAACUUGAAUUUAAUCAAUUUAGUUCAUUUAGAUGAACCAUAUUAGGUGUGUAGAAAUUAAUAGCAAUUAUGAAGUGUUGAAAUUAGUAGCAAUUAUUAGUAUGAGAAGUUGUAGCAUUCUAAUUAUUCUUGUAAGUAAUCGAUUAAAACCUUUUAAAUUACAACAA